UCUCUCUGCCCCAUUGCGACCUCUGAGACAGAGCGAACGAGAGAUCUCUGCGUCACUCGAAGACGGCCGCCUCGAUCCCACUCUUUUCCCUAUCUCCCUCUCUCUUCGUUCCGUUUCGUUGCAGAAAUCAAUCACCUGGGAAGUCCAGUAGGAGUUUUUUUCCAGGUUAUGAUCAUCGAUCUAUAGCAUGGACAUGACAUAGGUCUUUCCAUCUGAAGGAAAUUGAGGAAGAUUAUUGUGGAUAUUAAAAUUGAAUUGCCAAUUUAUAUGCAUUUACACAUGAAAUGGGGUGUCGUGGAAGGCCAUUAUUUGACCUUAAUGAACUCCCAACUGGAGAGGAAGAUGAGAAAGAUAGUGUUGUCCUUCUCCAGCCCCAAAAGUCCAUUCCUAUUUCAAAUCUUCGCACCUCAGGCUUGUUUCCACCAUCAGAAGGUUGUCAGCGGAUAGUGAAUAACCAUGCAUUCACACAUGCUUCUUUGGGUUCAGGCUUUCAGCCUUUUGUAAGGAAUAAAGACCCACAGAACUCAAAGGAGGGCUACAAACAUAAUCCUGAUGCCGAUUGUUCGAAUGCGAACCAAGCCUCCACAUCAAUGUCUACAAGUCAUAGCGAGGAUAAUAAAGUUUCAGCAUUAGUGUCAUCCAGUAAUCAGGAUCCUCAAGCGGCUGAAAGGGAAGAAGGGGAAUGGUCUGAUAUAGAGGGCAAUGUUUAUGCAGUUGAAAGCAAUGCUAGCAAUAAGCAUGACGAUGUUAAUUCUGAAAUUUCACAGAUGCAAAGAGCAACUGAAGAAAGUAAGCCUGUACCUAUGAAGGCUGAUGAGAAUAGUUGCAGUGAUUCUAGUCUCCUCGGACCUAACAGUAAUGAAGUUGGAGAUGCUUCUAAAGAUGCAAAGGUUCAAGGCCCAUCAGGAUCAGAGAAUAACAGAACUUCACACUGUAAUUCUAAAGGAGAUGUACUGGCAGAUGGCUUGGUAGAAUCUUCUUCAAUUCCCAAGCCCAAAGAGGUCAAAGGAGUUGAGGCCAGUUAUGCAUUGAGAUUUGCAAAUAAUCCUGCAAAGAGACCAAAGCUUGAUGAGCAUAAGGAGGCAAUGUUAGGUAAGAAAAGAGCCAGACAGACUGUUUUUAUUAAUGUGGAGGAUGCUAAGCAAGCUGGUCCUAUGAAAUCUUCAACACCUAGGAGGCAGACUUCUUUUCCUACACCUAUUAUUACUCGUACUGUGAAAGACACGACUCGUGCUAGCCCUGGUGGUGUUGAAAGGGCUGCAGAAAGACAGAGUCAGCCCAUGAGCAGGGAUCAGAAACAAGCUGACAUGGCAAGCAGUGAAGGAAGUAAUCCUGUGGAGUCAAGUGACCAAAAGGCUGAUUCUAAUGGUGAUGCUAAUCCAGGAUCAAUAUCUUGCUCUAAGAAGAUGAACAACAAUGAGUUUUCUUCAGAAGCUUGCCUACCACCGAUUCCAAGACAGGUUUCCUGGAAGCAGCCUGUAGACUCCAGGCAGUAUAAGAACCCACCCAUUUCAUGCCGAAAACCUUCUGUCACAGGUCAGAGCACCUCAGAUCAAAAAUUGGGAAGCAAAAAACAUCUUCCCUCUAAGAAGCAGACUUCAAACAACCUCCAGUACCAAGAUACAUCAGUGGAACGGCUUCUCAGGGAGGUGACGAAUGAGAAGUUCUGGCAUCAUCCAGAGGAGACAGAGCUUCAGCGUGUGCCUGGACGCUUUGAGUCUGUUGAGGAGUAUGUGAGAGUUUUUGAACCCUUGCUCUUCGAGGAAUGCCGAGCACAGCUCUACAGCACCUAUGAGGAGCUUACAGAGAUUGUAGCUAGGGAUGCACAUAUAAUGGUUCGUGUAAAAACCGUGGAAAGGCGAGAAAGAGGAUGGUAUGAUAUCAUAGUUCUUCCAGUGCAUGAUUGCAAAUGGACUUUCAAGGAAGGUGAUGUUGCAGUUUUAUCAACGCCUCGGCCUGGUACAGCUAGAUCUAACAAGAGAAUUAUCAAUGCUGGUGCAAAUGAUGUUGAUGUUGAAUCAGAGGUUACUGGACGGGUUGUUGGUACUGUUAGGCGACAUCAACCUAUUGACACACGUGAUCCUCCUGGGGCAAUUCUUCAUUUUUACAUGGGGGAUUCAUAUGAUUCUAGUAGCAAAUUGGAUGAUGAUCAUAUUCUAAGGAAGCUUCAACCCAAGGGCAUUUGGUACUUAACUGUUCUUGGGUCCCUUGCGACUACUCAGCGUGAAUACAUUGCUCUUCAUGCAUUUCGCCGUCUUAACUUGCAGAUGCAAACUGCAAUUCUGAAGCCUAGCCCUGAGCACUUCCCCAAGUGCGAAGAGCAGCCUCCUGCCAUGCCUGAUUGUUUCACCCAGAAUUUCGUUGAUCAUCUUCAUAGGACUUUUAAUAGUCCUCAGUUGGCUGCUAUACAAUGGGCUGCGAUGCAUACAGCUGCAGGCACGAGCAGUGGAGCAAAAAGGCAAGAUCCAUGGCCUUUCACACUUGUUCAAGGCCCUCCUGGUACUGGGAAGACACAUACAGUGUGGGGCAUGUUAAAUGUCAUUCAUCUCGUCCAAUAUCAGCAUUACUACACUGCUCUGCUCAAGAAACUUGCUCCGGAGAGCUACAAGCAAACUAGCGAGAGUAAUUCUGAGUGUGUUGGUACAGGAUCGAUUGAUGAAGUUUUGCAAAGUAUGGACCAGAACCUCUUUCGUACUCUGCCAAAACUUUGCCCCAAGCCUAGAAUGCUUGUAUGUGCUCCAUCAAAUGCUGCCACAGAUGAGCUGCUAGCUCGUGUCCUUGAUCGUGGCUUCAUCGAUGGGGAGAUGAAGGUCUACCGUCCUGAUGUUGCUCGUGUUGGAGUGGAUUCACAAACCCGUGCAGCUCAGGCUGUUUCUGUUGAGCGAAGAACAGAACAGCUUUUGCUGAAGGGCCGUGAUGAGAUCAUUGGCUGGAUGCAUCAGCUGAAAAUUCGUGAACAGCAGUUCUCACAACAGAUUGCUCAUCUUCAGAGAGAACUCAACGUUGCAGCUGCAGCAGGUCGAUCCCAGGGAUCAGUUGGUGUUGAUCCUGAUGUCCUUGCUGCCCGGGAUCAUAGCCGUGAUGUACUGCUUCAGAACCUUGCUGCAGCUGUGGAGGGCAGAGAUAAAGUUUUGGUUGAGAUGUCACGCCUCCUUAUUUUAGAAAGUAGGUUUCGUGCUGGAAGCAGCUUUAACAUGGAAGAUGCACGGGCCAGCCUUGAAGCAAGUUUUGCUAAUGAAGCUGAAAUUGUUUUCACUACGGUGUCAAGCAGUGGCCGCAAACUAUUUUCUCGUCUCACUCAUGGCUUUGAUAUGGUGGUUAUUGAUGAGGCAGCCCAGGCCAGUGAGGUAGCAGUCCUGCCUCCCCUUGCACUGGGUGCUGCAAGAUGUGUGCUGGUUGGUGAUCCCCAGCAACUCCCUGCAACAGUCAUUAGUAAAGCAGCUGGAACCUUGUUAUAUAGUAGAAGCCUUUUUGAGAGAUUUCAACAAGCAGGUUGCCCUACCAUGUUAUUGUCUGUGCAGUACAGAAUGCACCCUCAGAUCCGUGAUUUUCCAUCUAGAUACUUCUACCAAGGUCGUCUGACAGACAGUGAGAGUGUGACCAAUCUUCCUGAUGAAAUUUAUUACAAGGACACUUUGUUGCAGCCUUACAUUUUUUAUGACAUCAUGCAUGGACGUGAGUCCCACAGAGGGGGAUCAGUCUCAUACCAGAAUAUUCAUGAAGCACAGUUUUCUCUGCGGUUAUAUGAGUAUCUUCAGAAAUUUCUGAAAGCCAAUGGUGGGAAAAAAGUCACUGUUGGAAUAAUCACCCCAUAUAAGCUGCAGCUGAAGUGUCUCCAACGAGAAUUCGAGGAAGUUCUGAAUUCAGAGGAAGGGAAAGAUAUCUACAUCAACACUGUUGAUGCAUUCCAGGGCCAGGAACGUGAUGUAAUUAUCAUGUCUUGUGUCCGUGCCUCGAACCAUGGUGUGGGAUUUGUUGCUGACAUCCGCCGCAUGAAUGUUGCUCUUACUCGAGCUAGGAGGGCAUUAUGGGUUGUGGGCAAUGCCAAUGCUCUCGUGCAGUCUGAUGACUGGGCUGCAUUGAUUGCUGAUGCCAAGGUGAGGAAAUGUUUCACGGGCAUGGAUAGCAUCCCUAGAGAAACUCUUGGUUUCGAAGGGGUCCGCCAGCACUCCAGGAAAAGUUUCCUCGAAUAACAUGAGGAGCUUGAGAUCUGGUGGGAGGCAGAGACAUCUGGAGAUGUUCCCAGAACCCAAGUCUGGGACACCAUCUGAAGAUGAAGAGAAGACAAACACAUAUAUUCCACGGAAUGGUAGCUAUAGGAAUCUUAAGUUGAAUGAGGGUUCUUUGGAUGAUUUGGGGCAAUCAGGUGACAGAUCUCGAGAUGCUUUGCAGUAUGGCAUUGCUAAGAGGCAAAAUUCUUCUGGGUCAUCUAGGAGAGAUUGACGUCUACAUGCUUUCAUUUCUAUCUGGGGCUUUAUACAAAUUCAUUACAAUCAGCAGGCUCUAACAUGUUAGAGUAGCUCUAUUCAUGCAGAAGUCAUGAUUCCUCGGGCAUUUGUGCAACGAAAGGCCUUUCCAAAUGCUGAUGUGCCUGAUAGAUUGGGUGGCUGAUCUUGCAACACCUGCAACUAUAGUGAUGGUCAGGACAGCCAGGAUUGCUCGAGAUGAACCAUCAUCAAGGAUGUGCAGGUAGGCCAGCCAAGAUUACUUGAGGAGAGCAAUCAUGAAGGAUGAAUCUCAGGUCUCCAAGAUGGUUUGAUCGAGGAGCUGCUGAGUGUUUUGGAAAGCUGACUGGGGCGAGACAUGUGAAGCUGUGAUAUUAGAAAUGUUCCACCAAAAAUACUGUGUUCCAUCUUUCUGGAGAUUUCCAUUCACGGCCGUGUUUGGAAAGCAAGAUUUGGAAGGAGUUCCCAUUUGGAUAAAAUACCAAGCUCAUUGUCGAGUGGCAUGUAGUGUUCCAGGAACUCUGAAAGCUCAAAGACUACCCAAAGGCCAGGCAACUGUUCAAGUAAAUUUAAUAGAGCUUGGGUGGGGUACAAUGAGUGUGGUUCCAUUAUCUUUAGACAUUUGGCGCCACUUGCUGGUUCGUGUCACCUGCAGCAAAGUCUAAACUUCAUACUUGAAGUAGUAUAUGUGCAUAUGGUUGAAACAGAGGCCACACCCUACAAAAAUUAUUGGAAAGGAUUUAAAAUGGAUGCAUCUGAUUUUGAUGGAUCCUUGGACUCGGAAUCUUCUAGAGUGCGUUUGCUGGCUGUCAGUAGGUUGAUGUGAUCAAAAGCAAGCCUCGAAGAUGAUCGACAUUUGAGGAUGCCGGAUUAUAUAUAUGUUGCAUGGAAAUAGCCUAUCAGGUUUGGUGGUGCAGAUUUGUUUAUUGUCCAAAACCCUGUUUCGAGUGGUAUUUUCCUGAAACCUUACCCUUUUCCCUUGCAGUGGUGCAAAUUAUUGAGAUAACAUAUGUUUUGGAAAAAGGAGAUUUAAUUUGCGAAACCCACCUUGGUCACAUUCUUUCUUUAUGAGUGGUUUUCGGCUUGCUAGAUAUAGUGGAAUUGUGGAAUUGUUCCUGGUUGAUGGCCCUUCCUGCAUUAUGGGAGUUGCGGGCUCGCUGCAGAUCUAGUCAGGAAUUGUUCCUGGUUGAUGGCCCUCAUGCAUUAUGGGAGUCGCGGGCUCGCUGCGGAUCUAGGACAUGAGUCGUGUGAAAGAGGCAACUUGAUGACCUUGGGUGCAAUGACUUGAAACACCUGUUCGAGCUGGCUGGAAGCAAAGGAAUCUUGGUCAACAGGCCCUCCUAAUUUUUGACCAUCAGCACAUUAUUUUAAUUUUGCAUUCCUUGGCCCUUGUUAUAAAGUGGUUUAACUUCCAAGCUGUCUGCAGCCAUAAUCUUUCAAUGAGCAUGCUGCUGCUGGAUCAUUCACUGGUUGCUUUGAAAGCUGUGUAGAUGGAUGAAUGAUAAGAGUUUCGGAGCACUUUGACAUCUGUGCAGUUGGUGAUCUGAUGGUAGGUUCAUGCGAAUGGCUGGGGAAUCCUGCUCAGGGGAAAGAUAACCCCAUUCCCUAAUUAGUUCUGCAAUCUCUAACAAUUGUUAAGAGGCCAAAAGAGUUUCUGAAGUAAUUAGUUUGUGGGUGUACCUUCAAAAUAUAUUUGUAACGAAGAACGAAAUGGCUCGCCAAGGGCCCGUUAGGUGUUGUUGCUGUUUUUAUGUUUUUAUUUAUCUCCAAUUUAGUAAAUUGCUGUGUUGAAAAAAGUAUUUCACCGA